AUGACCAACACAGAGCUACCAUCUAUUCAGCAUUUACUUUCAAGCUUGGAGGAACCAUUACAAAGGCCGGGAUACAUGCUACCGGCACUGGUUCUACCAAACAAGCCUAGUGGCAUGGGUUAUUUUUCGUCUCCUGCAUCGAUGCAAGCACCAGCGUUGUCAUCCGGUGUCGGUACUGCUUCUUCAAUGCAACCUUUUCAGUUUCAACAGCAGAUACCACGUCAACAACCACAGUUGCCUCCUGUCAAACUUGAAUCACCUCCACAGAGAACCCCAAGCCCCAAAACCACAACGGCAAGCAGAAGUCGCUCGAGCAUUUCAAGCUCUGACUCGAGCACUUCAAGCCACUGCUCUUGCAAAUCUCAUCGCCGUAAUCCAUCACACAUCCCAAGGCCAAGAAACGCAUUUAUACUGUUUCGCCAACAUUUCCACUACGAGUUGUUUCCCAAGAAUGAAAGUAUGCUAAGCACUUUGGGAUCGUUCAAAACAAACUCAGAAAUCUCUAGAGAAAUUGGUCAGCGCUGGCGCAGGCUUUCACCAGAGGAGAAGCAGUAUUGGCAUGACCUAGCUCAGCAAGAAAAGGAAAAACACAAACUGAUGUACCCAGACUACAAAUACAUUCCACGAAAAGUGGAAAUGGAGACUCAUCAGUAUGAAUACUGUGAAAAAAAACGUAGGCGCUCUUAA